AUGAUCAAAAUUGUAGAAAGUAAAGAAAUUAUAAAAAAUUUGAUCAACCUAAUUUGGAAAGCAACUGAAGGAAAAGUUGUCACUAUUACUUUCAAUAGCCAGUUAUGCUUAGCAACCAUCUCCUUAGAUAAUAGAAUUAACACUACUCUAAAUUUGGAAGCACCAAGAGUGAUCCUUAUUAAAGAAGACAUUUCUAGCAGGAUAAUAAAUAAACAUGCUGGUUUUAUAAUUGAUGAUGGUAAUCAAGAUAAUGAAUCGUUCUCACAAGUUGAUGAAAAUGAUAAAUUAAAUUCGGAUUAUGAAGUUACUAAAGGAAUUGGAAAAAAUAUUAAAAAUAUUAGUGGUGAUGAUGGUAGUGAUGAUGAUUCACCGGAAUGGUUGGAAUGUGAAGAAUGCUAUGGACCUAAAAAAGAAUUUUGUGAUCUUUGUGGUUGUUCUGUAUGCAAAUGGAAAGGAGAUCGAGGUCAUAUUCUCCUGUGCGAUGGAUAUUGUGGUAAAGGCUUUCACACCAGGUGUUUAAAACUACUACUUGCAAGAAUACCAGCCAGAAACUGGUACUGCAUAAGAUGUUCAAGGAAAUCAAAACAUAAGACACAAUCAGAUGAUUCAAGUUCAAGUGACAAUAUGAGAAAAAUUAAAAAAUCAAAUGGUAAUAGAAAAUGUAAACUAUUACUAGAUCGUAAUGAAGAUACAGAAUCUACAAAAGAUGAAGUGGUGAAUGAUAGUCAACAAACAGACAAAAUUGAAGAUACUACAGCAAUUCAACCACAAUCAGAUACAAACGGGGAUAUUAAAGGGAAAGAACGAAUGCAACAUUCUUCGUCUAAAACUGAAUCUGAUGAGUUUGAAUCAACAUCAUUGUGCACAAAGGUUUUAAGCAAAAAGCCACAAAUAAGUG